AAUGUGAUUGUCUAUUUCACAGAACAAUGCAAACAGACCUUCGACUCACGAGUAAAUAAAUCGGGAAUAUUUGACUCAAAUCAGCUGUUGCUUGCCAAACACGCGCUCGGCGGCGUUGUAAUUGGCGGCUCGAGAGUCUUGCAAUGCCGUUACGAAUUUGAAGCUCAGGCGCCAGAACGGGUGCAGAUUCGAUUUCACGACUUCAACGUGCCCACGGAGCACGAGAACUCCACGGGUUGCCAGCCGGGCGAUGCGCUGCACGUGGUCACCCAGCUGCGCGGACGGUACGAGACGCAGGAACUGCUCUGCGGCGCGUUCCUGCCCAAGCCACUGAUGUCCAGUGGACCGCAGCUGCACCUUCAGUUUGUCGGAAAAUAUCCGCCCACAAUGACGAACAAGGUGCAAUACUACGGAUUUCGCGCGGAGUACCGUUUCUUAACCAAUUUUGGUAUAAUGUCCGGAGUUCAAAAGGAAGGCUGUUCCUUCGUCUACAAUAGCAGCGAGCGAAUAAGUGGCCUAUUUCACUCUCCGAAUUUUCCCGGACUUUACCUGGAAAAUGUUGUGUGCAAUUAUUAUUUCUACGGAGCAAGUGACGAACGAGUUGUGCUUCACUUCACAUAUUUCGAUGUUGAGGGCAUUGGAACUUGUGAGCACCAAACCGCCAGCGAUUACAUCGAGUUUUCCAAUUUCAUGAGCACGGAUCGAAAGUUCAGCAGAUACUGCGGAAAGCUUCCUGACUUUGAAAUGCGCUCGGAUGGGCGCUUCUUUCGCGUUACCUUGCAUUCCAAUGAUCGCUUUGUGGCCAUCGGAUUCCGCGCACUGUACACCUUUGAAACCGUUCCAGUGAAUAAUUCCAUCACCGAUCUUCGGGAUAAUGCCUCCAUGCAGAGUUUUGUCUCAACAGCGUCAACUCAGCCGGUUGUAGAUUUAAGCAAAUUAUUUGCGUGUAUCUUAUGCACUUAUAAAGCAUACCAAUAUUAUGUUUAAAAUAUAGAGACAACAUUUCGCAAUUUU